AUGAAGUUAGUCCGUUUCUUAAUGAAGUUAGUAAAUAACUCCGUAGUUAUAGAACUGAAGAAUGGGACAAUAGUUCAGGGAACCAUUGUAAAUGUUGAUAUGGCUAUGAAUACAUACCUUAAGAAUGUGAAGAUGAGUGUUAAACAACGAAAUCCAAUAAGUCUCUUACAGCUGACUGUCCGUGGUAGUACGAUUCGGUACUUUAUAUUACCUGAUUCACUACCUUUAGAUACUUUGCUUAUAGAUGAUACUCCAAAACAAAAACCACCUAAAGUAAAGCCAAUAGUAACUUCAAAGAUUGGAAGAGGGAGAGGUUUAGGUGGUCCUCAAUUAUUCAGAGGGUAA